AUGAACACGGGUGUGGCGUGGCCGCUACAGCUGGUGCUGUCGCCCACCGCCCUGCAGCGCUACAACAGCGUGGCGGCGUUCCUCUUCCGCCUGCGCCGCGUGGUGCUGGAGCUGCAGCUGGCCUGGCUGCUGCUGUGUAAGGCGGAUGUGGUGGAGGUGGAGUGGGCGACCUUCCAAGUCUCAUUCACACAUGGCUACUCGCUUUACCCACCGGAAAGCACUGCAAAUUGUACUCAUUAUCGCACGACAUUAUCGCACCUCUUAGAGUUCUUCACCAAGCUCAUGGCGAAGCCGUUCGCCGUCAUGCGGGCUACGGAUGCCAUGACAAAAGGGAUGAUGGGGCGCCUCUACGACUCCAUGCUGCAGCUCACCGAGGACGUGGAUGACAUCCUCGAUAAGCACUCCGCGGGGUACCUGACGAGGGCGGAGGUUAAGGAGAUCCGCCUCAUCGUGAAGGACCGGUGGGACAAGUCCUUGGCGUGCCCCUUGCACGUGGUUGGCAGGAUCUUGAAUCCCGCCAACCAAGAGGAGGGCAUCUUCAGGAACGACGUCGAAUGCACGCGCGUGCUGAAGGCCUACAUCGCCAAGCACUACGACAGCCUCACCAUCACCGAUAGCGACGGCGAGGAGCGCCGUGCCUCCCUUGUGCUGCAGGAGGAGCUGACGGCGUACCUGACCCUGCAAGGAAGUUUCGGGCUGCCCACCGCCAUUGAAGACCGCGCGGCCAUGAAGGCGGGGAAGAUGACGGCCGUCCAGUGGUGGAAUUGGCACGGCACGGAUGCGCCCCACCUUGCUACGUGCGCAAUCUGCAAUCUUUCGCAGCCGGUGUCCGCGUCGCCCUAUGAGCGCAAUUGGUCCAUGUGGGACGCGGUCCACACGGCAAGGCGCAACCGCCUCGGGUCCGAGAAGUGCAGGGACCUCGUAUAUAUUGCGCACAACUGGCAGGUUGUGCACAACUGGUACAAGGUCCCUGAGGGGCAGGGGGUGGUCAACGACAACAUUCCUGAGGCGCCACUUCCUGAGGGCUACAACAUGGAGGAGGAUGGGGAGGAGGAGGACAUGGUUCUUGAGGAUGAGUAUGCAUAG